AUGCCAGUGGCAACUCAGGCUGCAUUGAAGGGUCUUACGCAACAGCAAACAGAGGCUCUAGGAGUAACAUUAAUCUUGAAUAACACUUACCACCUGAAUCUUCGACCUGGUACCAAAAUACUUGAUGCUGCUGGUGGAGCACAUAAAUUUCAGGGCUGGCGCAAGAAUAUGCUCACAGAUUCGGGAGGCUUCCAAAUGGUCAGCUUGAGUUCUUUUUCUAAAGUAACCGAGGAAGGUGUACUCUUCGAAAGUCCGUUCACCGGGGAACCGACAAUGCUCACGCCCGAGGAAUCAAUGGCAAUCCAGCAUUCAAUUGGCGCGGAUAUCAUGAUGCAACUUGAUGAUGUCGUUUCCAGCCUCACUACUGGUGCUCGAGUGGAAGAAGCUAUGUGGCGAUCUGUUCGCUGGCUCGAUCGUUGCAUUGCUGUACAUAACGCUAGUGGUCGCGCCGAUUGCCAAAACCUUUUUGCGAUUAUUCAAGGUGGAUUGGAUCACGGCCUCCGAGACAUUUGCCUGGACGAGAUGAUCAAAAGAAAGGAUUCUAUUCCAGGGUAUGCGGUUGGGGGUCUUAGUGGAGGAGAGGCGAAAGACGUUUUCUGGAGAAUUGUUGCACAAUGCACCGCCAAACUUCCUCUGGAUAGGCCACGAUAUUGCAUGGGUAUAGGAUUUGCCGAAGAUUUGAUGGUGUGCGUCGCCCUUGGAGUUGACAUGGCUGAUUGUGUAUUUCCCACACGAACCGCUCGUUUCGGAGUGGCCCUCACGUUCAAUGGCCCUAUCAAUCUGCGCCUUGGCAAACAUGCAUCAAGCUUCGUACCGAUUGAUGAUAACUGCCCAUGUCCCACGUGUGCCUCCGGGACGACUCGUGCACAGUUGCAUCACAUUGUAACAUACGAGACAGCUGGGGCACAUUCUGUUACACUUCAUAAUGUUGCAUUUCAAGCACAACUUAUGGGAAGGGCACGGGAUGCGAUACUCGAGAAUAGAUUCCCCGAAUACUUGAAGAGGUUCUUCUACGAUUACUUUGGGGGGCGAGGAUCCUACCCACGCUGGUGCGUAGAUGCGUUGCGAAGCGUUGGUGUUGACUUGCUUGAUGGGAUUGGGAAAGACAUGGCAGUCAUUGAUGGCAAUGGUGCCAAAUGGGAGUACUCGGACGUCAAAGUAUAA